UAUCCGGGUCAGAGGAGGCGAAUUUCCGCGCCUUUUCGUAGUCGGGAUGGAUGAGAGGGUUAAACAACCAGCAAUAUUUACACCGUAUGAUCACAUUAUGGACUAAAUUAAACUUUAAUAAACUUGUUUCGGAUGCGGACGAUUUGGUGACACAAGAUAACGUCUAAAUAUGUUGCUCCCGUCUGAUGUCGCCAGACUUGUGCUGGGCUACCUGCAGCAAGAAGGGCUCACUGCCACAAGCCGAGCCUUCAUCUAUGAGAGUCCAAACCUGAAGGAGUAUGCGGAGCACAGCUCAGGGGACGGGCUCAUCCCUGCCUGUGUGUUUGUAUGUGUCGAGUUCAUGAUUGAUAACACGGUGUCUCUUUUUGGAAAAAACCUGAUCACGAUUUUAAAUGAAUACGUUGCUAUUAAAGCAAAAGAAACAAGUCAAGAAACUCAAAUCCCAGCUGUGAUGACAUCAUUAUGGAAAAAGCUUGACUUCACACUGAACCAAAUCAAGUCUCUGCAGAAUUCUCCUGCAGUGCAACUGAAUCAGCGACUUCGCACUAUGAAUAGCAUUCAAAAUAUGAGACGUCAGCAGAGACCCUUGUUGGCAUCACAGUCUCCCAUCACUGGGCACCCGCCCCUGACUCCAGCACUCCAGUGUGUCCCCAGCCCUUUCUCCACCCCUCAAGGCAUGCUGGGACAUUCCACCCCAGUGUCUUACACUUCCCAGCAUACCAGACCUUCCACUCUCUGCCUUAGUCAGCCAGAAGAGUCACCAUUGCAGAUACUGGUCCCUGAUAAUAGACUGAAUCCAGGUCCUUUGUCUCCAGCCCGCAGGAAAUGUGAUUCGCCGAGGCGGAGAGGAGGUGGUCAGUUGUGUGUCAGCGGGACCAAUAGGGCCACCGUAGUGUCCAGCACACUCGUUGUGGAGUCUCAAAAUGAAGAAACUGUGACCGAGAACUUAUCCCAAAUAGUUAUAGAAAAUGCCAGAGAAAGAAUUCUCAAUGAUAGAUCCUUGCAAGAAAAACUUGCUGAAAACAUCAACAAAAUCUUGGCAAGUGAUAAUAGUCCUCAGACAUCAAAAGCUGCCUGCAGUGCUGUGGAACAAGAGCAGUCGAUUGAUGAAAUCCUGGGCCUACAGGGGGAAAUUCAUAUGACGGAUGAUGCAAUUCAAGACAUAUUGGCACAGACAGAGUCAGACCCAGCAUUUCAGGCACUCUUUGACCUCUUCGACUGUGGGAAAGGUAAAACGGCUGAAUGCAGUGAGCAGGCUGAUGGGAGCUUCAGUACUAGUACUAGUGCACAAGAGAGUGAUGAGACUGGGCAUGUGGACAGCGCCUCUCAAACAGCCACCGGACAGGAGGAUUCCACAUCAGGAGGAGAAAGUGGUGCACCAAAUAUAAGCACCCAGUCUGAGUCAAUAAGCAUAAAGAAAUCUUCCAGCCUUUGUAAUGCAACAAAGUCUGCUUCCACAGCUCCACAGGCACGUAUUGUAACUAAACAAACUGGACGAGGAUCCACAACCUCCAAAAGAGGGCUAGUCAGGACUAGAGUUUCAUCCAGUAAUAAACAAUCCAGAGGUGCCGCUUCAACUUCUCUAAGGUUGAACGAUAAAGCGGAUUCACGUCCACCUGACCAAACUGUAUCAAGCUCUUCAUUGACAGAGGAAGGAGCUGGCAUGGAGAUAGAUGAACCAGAAAAUGAAAUCUCUGAGAGCGUACAUAUUCAGCUAGUUCCUCUGGAGAGCUUGCAUGCAAACGAAACAUUAAGUGAAAAUAAAAGUAGUCAAGCUCCCAUUUCGACAUCGCAAACUACACACACUACUGAAACCUCAAAUAAUGCAUCUGCGAAUGAACCAGGACAGAAUGAGGACACGGGAACCUCUUUAUCCAUUCAAAGUGAGGCUGUGCCCUCACUUUGCUUACCUCAACCUGACACAUCCGCCAAAACGGCUUCUCCGCCCCCUUCAAACAAGACGCCUUUAACUCCUUCCUUCGUUCAAACUCAGUCCAACACUGUCAGAAGCAAUCUCCCUGCAUCAGGUGCUUCAUCUACUGCCACUACGCCCAGCAUUUCUGAUGCUCCGGCCAGGGAGCCUGAUCCCAAUAAGAUUGUGUCUCUGAAAAUCAUCAUCAGUGAUGAGCAGGACGAGGUCUCGGCUGAUGCGGCACUGAACCAGGCAGUUUCCAGCAUCACCAGUGACCACAUCCCCACCAUCUUCCUGUCUUCCCCUGCUAAAUCACCUGCCAAGACUGUGCCUGCAACCUCUGCAGUCAUAACAGCAGAGGAAACUGCUCAGGCCGUGAGCUGCUUACAGGGGACGGAGGGUGUGGGAUCAUUCAGAACACCUACAAGGAGUGCACAGAGUAGCGGACAGCCUGCGCUGGGACGUCCAGCAGGUCAGGAAACCGGCUUCAUUCAGCUGUUGCAAGCUCAUCCUACCUUUGGGUCUUCAAGUAGCUAUUUUGUUGUAACCGAACCGGGUGCUACUGAGCAGCGGUCAAAUGUUGUGCUGUUUCCAAGUAAUGUGCCUCAAGGGACCGUGUCUUCAAUACCGCAUGUGGUAACGACUCCACCUCGCCAGAGGACUGUGGUGUCCAUGGGAGCAAAUGUCUCUCAGACCUAUUCACCAGGUUCCACAAUCAUUAUAUCCUCCCCAGUUCAACCCAUGUUACAAAAUGUGAUGCUUCCAGUGUCUGUGAUGGGGCAGAAUACUGGAAAACUCACAGUCCUUCCCAAUCAGAUGUUGACUUUGCCAUGUUCAGCAACUGUAAGGCAGCCUGCAAAAGUUAUUUCUCAACAGAAAUUGGCACCCAAGCAAAACACUGACAUGGGCAAAACUAGCACGUCUGGUUCUGGUAAAGUGCUUCCCCAGGCCUCUGAGCAACAAAAGAGCAUAAGUGCAACAAGCCCUAGCCAUCGGCGGAUACUUUGCUUUGACGUCACACCUGAAACCACUGCAGCAGGCCAGAAUUCUUUACAGACAAGCACACUUACAUCCUCUGCUGUCACUUCCUCCUCUGCUCAGCAGCUUCAGAAAGAAAACACACAGACUGAACCAAAACAUCCUUUAGUUUCUGACACUUGCAAGAGAAGAAUAGAAACAGUUAGGUUGCCAGAAAUAAAUCCCAAACCGGUUAUAAAGGACUUUGAAAAAGUCACCAUAUUUCACCAACAAAAAGAAGCCCCAAAAAGCAAAGUGAAUGAAAAGGGACUAGAUCUAAUAGUUGUAUCAAGUACCAAGUCUUCCAACAAAGCUGCCAUUGAGCCAGAGGCUCUCAUUAGACCAGAAUCACUGAAAAAAUUACAAGCAUCACAGAAAGAAGAUGGCGGCGUUGUUUCAAAAUCACCGGCUCCAGGUCCAAAGCAGAAACCAGCAGGCAACACAAAGGAAGACUCACAAGAAGCCCCUGAAAAGGAGUUAAAACCAGCAGAAAGGUCCUCAGAAAAGACUUCCUUACAGAACUCUCCAGGCGUCACUGCAAAUAAAGAAAAUGAGCUGGAUGGCUGUCAGCGUGAGACAUCCGCACGCUCCGCUGAAGAUCUAGCACCUUCUACAGCUAAAUCUACAGUUCCCGUAUCAAGCAGUUCCAGUAAAACUUUAUGCAAGACGAGCCCUCUAACUAAACAGGCUGUUGAGAUGCUGCAGGACAUACAAGGCCAGGCUCCUGUGGCCACUCCACCAAAGAGACAGGUGGCCGGAUGUCCAGACCUCCCGCUCCCGAGAACACCUGGACCAGGACGUGCACAGGACGAGCUGACGGAUGGAUCGAGAACCCCGUCCCGACAGAGGCUCAGGAGGGAGGGUGAAAGCACGCCGAGGCUUCUCCCCAUUCCCGCCACCCCCGACAUCCCCUCCUGCAGUCCUGCCAGCGAAGCAGGGAGUGAGAACAGCAUCAACAUGGCCGCACACACUCUCAUGAUCCUGUCACGCGCCGCCAGGACGGGAGGUCCUCUGAAAGACAGUCUGCGUCAAGAGGAGGCCAGUGAUGGGAAAUCUGCCACUCCUAAAGGAAAGAAACGAAAACAAAUUGAACCGAGCCCUCCUGCAAAGAAAGAGCUACUGCUUUCCAGCUCCUCGAGCAAUAAAAAGAAAUCAAAGAAACAGAAGAAGCUGCUGGACUCCUUUCCUGAAGACUUGGAUGUAGAUAAAUUCCUGUCAUCCCUGCACUAUGAUGAGUAAUGACGCUGGGGACGAGCCGUGCCGCUUGCCACCAUUUCAGGGACAUAACAAGCCAUGUGUGAUACUGAGAGCGUUAAAACAGAUCGGUUCUGAAUAGCUGCUUUUUGUUUUACGUCCAGAAUGUGAGAUAUUGUACAUACACACCAUAUAAGCCUAAUAAUCAUAUUUGUACAGUAAAGAUGUUCUUAUACAGGCCUAGUUUAAGCACUCUUCAAAACAAACAAGAAAAUAAUUUAAGACUAAACUGUCAUUUUUGACUACAUAUGUGAAAGAGUCAUAGUUAUUCAGCUCAUUGUCAUUUUUAUGGGCGUCUUCCAUUAACUGCACCAUGUGACUACAUUUCUAUGGACAUUUUCAAGAGAAAUGAUUUCAUUUGUACAGCCUCUAGGUGGUAUUCUUCCUUUACAGUAUGGAUAUAAGUUAAACGUUGUUGUUUUCUGUCCUUUAGAUGGUUUAUUAUAUGAUGUAUUUUAAUAAAUCAAUAUUUGAUUGAAUCUUUUUUUAAAUGAUUCUGUGUUACUGUCCAACUAUGGCAUAUUUAUUUGGAAUAGACCGGCAGCAUCUGACAGUGAAGACUGAAAUUCAGCUUUGGCAUCACAGGAAUAAAUUACAUUUACAAAAUCCAAAAGUUAUUUUAAAUUGUAAUAUUAUUUCCCCAUAUUACUGUUAUUACUGUAUUUGUAAUCAAAUAAAUAAACAAAUGAUCUUAUAUACUGUUACUCAA